UCCAACUUGUCAGUCAACUCAUGCCAGCACCCUCCACGUCUGCCUCUUCUACACACCCUCAUUACAUGUGUCUGUCUGGACUGAUCUGCUCAUCUGUUCAGGGACUCUCCUGACAAGUCAAAAAUUUUGCCUUCUCUCUGCUCUGGAAUUGGAUCAAAUCACCUCAGCUUUUUUUGUAGCCCCACCAGGAGGCUUUUUGCUUAUGGUCUCAUUCUGUUUUCCUUCACUACUUGUCUGUUUUUGAUUUCUAGAAUGGAGGAAGCCGAAUUGCUGAAAGAAAGAUUCCAGGCCAUAACAGACAAAAGAAAACUGCAAGAAGAAAUUACACAGAAACGUCUGAAAGUGGAAGAGGAAAAAAUGAAACACCAACAUUUAAAGAAAAAAGCCUUGCGAGAAAAAUGGCUCUUGGAUGGCCUUAGCUCUCUCACUCCAAAAGAGCAAGAAGAAAUGCAAAAGCAGAAUCGGGAGGACCAACAACGGACUCAUGAGCUGGAACAAGACAUUUUCAGACUGGAGAAGGAAAUUGAGGCUCUGGAAAGAGAGGAAAUGGAAGUCUCAGCUAAGGAAGAAGCAAUUUUAAAGAAACUUAAGUCUGUUGAGAAAACAACAGAAGACAUAAUAAAGUCUGUGAAGACUGAAAAAGCAGGAGUUGAAAAAGAGGCAGCAGACUACAUAUAUGCCAGCAUACCUGACCUUCCCAAGUAUUUCAGGCCUUCCGCACUGAGAAAUACAGCGCAUGCUGCCACCGAUGAUGAAGAAAAGAGAAAAGCACUGUUUGCCAUGGAAAUUAAAGUUGAAAAAGACAUGAAGACAGGAGAAAACACAGUGUUAUCAACAAUACCUCUUCCCUCAAAGGAGUUUAAAGAGACAGGAAUUAAAGUCUAUGACGAUGGCAGGAAGUCAGUCUAUGCAGUGUCCUCAAAUGGCAGCACAACACAAGACGGGAUGGAUGAACUUGCUCCUGUUGAGGUGGAGGACCUGCUACGGCAGGCAACUGAAAAAAAUUCCCAGUCUCCCACAGAGUAUCAUGAGCCUGUGUUUGCAAACAAAUUUUGCAGGCCAGUUACUCCUCAGAAAGAUAAAUUAGUCCCUGGGCCAAAACUGGAAAGCAGUCACAGAAGAGAGAUGAAUGGAUUUAGCAAUCAUCAGACAGAAUUGUCCUCCAAAACAGAGCCCUUUAUGCAGCAACGCAAAGAGAACGGGCUUGAUCUUCCAAAGGCAAUACAGCCGAAGUCUCCCUCUCCAGUACUUUCCCAUUCAGAGAAGAAAGGGCACACUAAUCCUGAAAACAGGAUGAUACAUAACGAAGACAGAAACGCUGCACAUGAGGAAUUAAAACCUCACCAGAAUAUAAGAGAAAGACGUAAUGAGACAAGGUUUUUAAGUUCCUGCCGUCUUAAUGAAACAUCCCCUGCACCUCAAGAUGAGGAAGAUGUUCAGUACAGCAUUGUCCAAGCUGUACCAUGUUACGUGGAUGAUUCAGAGCCAGUAACAAUGAUUUUCAUGGGUUAUCAGCGCAUUGAUGAUGACGAUGCAGAAGCAGACCAAAAGCUGUCACGAUACGAUGGGGUUAUCCGUGCAGAAUUAGUUAUCAUUGAUGAUGAUGAUGAAGAUGACAGCAAAUCUGAGAAACCAGCAUAUCAUCCCAUAGGCCACUAUAGCCAGGUUUAUCAGCCACCAAGCAGAAAAAUCACAGAAGUCCCACAGACAAACCCUGUGAGCAGUCUGGGCGCAAGCCUGAACAAGGUACCCCACAAAAAUUCCAUCUCCCUGCAAGAACAAGAGGAACGCUUAAGCUCACCAACACACCGUGCUCGUCUUCACAGCCAGGUAUCUGGAGACGGUACUGAAGAUCCCUCACUAACAGCUCUGAGGAUGAGAAUGGCAAAGCUGGGGAAAAAGGUGAUUUAACAGCUGUAAUGACACAGAAGUAAAAUUUACUACUCAAAGCAGAAUAAAACUAAGAAGAGUUUCUUCAACACACCUUUUUUUGGAUCAUAAUGCUU